AUGGGAAAGGAAUUGCUUGGCAAACUGGAAUGGAGGGUAAAUGUACCUGAUGGAACUUCAGAUAGAUUAGAGCCAGAAUUUGGGCCUGUCCUUAAAGUCUGGUUGGGGUUGAAAAGUCUGUUGGAAGGAUUUAUCAGGAAAAUUUGGAAGUUUUUUAAGAAGGCUUGGGAUAUAGGAGUUGCUGAGCCAAAGAAAGUCAUCCAUGGCGUUAAAGUAGGACUGUGUAUUUCGAUUGUUUCACUGUUUUAUUAUAUGAGGCCUUUGUAUGAAGGUGUGGCCGGAAGCCGUACUAUGUGGGCAAUUAUGACCGUAGUGGUAGUUUUUGAAUCCACUAUAGGUUCAACAUUAUAUAAAUGCAUUAAUAGAGUAACAGCGACCUUUCUUGCUGGAUCGCUUGGUGUCGGUGUUCACUGGGUUGCUAGUCAUUCCGGAGAAAACUUGGAGCAUGUAAUUCUUGGAAUCUCAGUUUUUCUUUUAGCUUCAGCUGCAACCUUCUCUAGAUUUAUUCCAUCCAUUAAAGCCAGAUUUGACUACGGUGCCAUGAUCUUCGUCCUUACCUUCAGCUUGAUAUCAGUUUCUUACAGAGAGAAGAAAUUACUUGAAUUUGCUUGCCAAAGACUAUCUACAAUAGUCAUUGGAACCUCCCUGUGCAUUUUUAUAAGCAUGCUUUUCUGUCCCAUUUGGGCAGGAACUGAGCUUCACCAACUUAUUUGUCGAAACUUCGAAAAACUAGCUUAUUCCUUGGAUGAGAUUGUAACCGAGUACUUCAAAGAUGAAAAAACUUUGAAAGCCAGCGACGAAAAUUGUAACAAGAGAAUACUAGGCUAUAAAUGUGUGCUUAAUUCCAAGGCAACAGAAGAAUCAAUGGCCAAUCUUGCAAGAUGGGAACCAGCGCAUGGCCGUUUCAACUUCAGACAUCCAUGGAAACAGUACCUUAAGACUGGGGCUUCCAUGCGUGACUGUGCUUAUUGUAUUGAGACCCUUUAUAGUUGUGUGAAUUCUGAAAUCCGGGCACCUCCACACCUGAAGAAACAUUUGAAAAAUAUGUGUAUGAGGUUGCGUAGCACUUCCUCCAUUGUCUUGGAAGAAUUAGGGAUUACAAUGAAAACAAUGACAAAAUCAGCUACAAUUGAUAUCUUGGUUGCGGAGAUGAAUUUUGCAGUACAAGAACUAAAAAGUGCCUUGAAUUCUCUUCCUGACCACGUUUUAACUUCUCAGUCGUCGACACUGGAUGCAUCGGAAGAUGUCGAAAAAAUUGCAACAACACCAUUCACGGAGAUCCUUCCGUUGACCACUUUAGUGUAUUUGUUGAUUGAAAAUGCAACAAAAAUAGAAAGAAUUGUUAAAGCAGUUGAUGAAUUGGCUGCCCUUGCAGAAUUCAAGCCUGUUGCUGACAAGAAAACCAUAUAUAGGCAAUCCAUGGUGAAGCUCACUCCGGCCAGUAACCAAGAUGUGUAAAUUAAACAUGUGUUUAUUGUACCCAGGGUAAUAAAAUCUCACCAGGCAAUGCACUGCGCUGUAUACGUUGCAUCACCGUUCUUUACUUUUAAUGGCUUUACUUAGUUUCUACAAUCUUCUU